CGGAAGUCAUUGGCGAAAGGUAAACACCCUGUUUCCGUUGCAAAGGCUUCAAAUACAUCAAGUAGAAUCAUGGGCCGUGUGGCUAGGGGUGAGAAAACAAAGACGGGAGCUAAACGAACUCGUGGCAGACCACGCACCAAGGAUCCAAAACCUACACUAGGGACUAAACGUCAUAAACCCUCAAGUGCUAGUUCUGCCAACGGGACGAAAAGUCCUCAAAGAGACACCAGUUUGAGUCCAACACAUCAGGAACCGCCUCAGCUUGAGCCAAUGCCGGCUGUGGAUGAAGAUGACGACCUCGACAUUCCAAUUAGCUUUCCUUCCCUCAUUUCCGUUGACGAUCAUCUUCGUCCGGGAAAGUGUAUUAUUAUUUGUCCUGUGGCGAAUUGUCGUAAAAAGUUUUCUAAUCCCAUCGAACUGGUAUCUCACCUACGAGUUUAUCACGAAAAUGACACCUUUUCAUCAGUAAAAAUUCACACUUGUCCCAUUUGUCUUAAAACACGCUUCAGUUCGCACACUACCAGUUCCGAUUUAACCCUUCUCUCAGAGCAUGCAGCACGCUAUCAUGGACAGACUCUGAAACAGACUGAAUUUAUCUACUUUUGUACCAUCGUUUUGGAUGUUGUAACUGGAGAUAAGGCCACACAGAAGAAGGAGGAAAACAAUCUUUUGAAGAAGGAGGCCAGUUGCAUGAUCCAGCAGUCUAGUUCGGAUGGUCAAUACUGUCCUAUUCUUCCUCUAGUGCCUAAUUCUACUGCAACAGAAAUUCGUGCUGAUGUAAAUUCGCCCAAAGUUGCGCGUGUCACCACGGACAGUCUAGGCCUUCGAAUGCCUUCUGCGGCGAGUCAUUUUAUUCAAAUCUCCCCAAUGUCACAGCGUCUGGCAAACAGUACUGUCAAUAGUGCUGCUGCCUGUACUACGGCUCCCCAGCCGGUGUUUGCUGCACUGGCAGCUGUUGCAGGUCAGCUGUCAACCGGAGGACCACCGACCUUGCUUCUUUCCUCCGCCCCGUCUACCACUGCUAACAGUGUCACCGUUCCCGCCUCUACUACAACUGUCUCUGAACAGCCCAUUCUCAUAGCCCCUACUGGUGGAAUCUGUGCUGGUACCAAUUCAGCUAAACCCCUCCCAGGUCAGUUUGAAUUGUCUGUGCACAUUAGUAAUGCUAGUCUUGAGGUGACGAUUGUUCCCCUUUCGAUUCUCCCCCUUCUGUUAGUGCUUAUUACCUCCUCAUCAACUGUCCAAUCGUCUCCAUCAGACGCUAGCCAGACAAACACAAUGACCUCCUCACUACAUCCACAGUCGUCCAAUGCAGCAGCUGCCAUAGCGACAUUGAAGCAGCUCAUCCAGUCCGCCUCAGCGGCUGUGAAAUCCCACCAGUCAUCUCCGGUGGUGGCCCACGGCUCCACCUCGGUGACUUGGACUCCUGCUGUAGUCUCCUCGGCUGCCAACACCUUUUUAUCUUCUAUUCCUUCUGUUCAACCCACUACCGCCCAACCUAGCAGUAUUUCUGCGGCCAAGGUGGUGACCAAAGUAGAACAGCCAUCUUCUACCCCAGUGGGCUAUCCGUUUGUUCAGGGAGCUGCCAUGGUAACCUCACCAGGGUCGGAAUUGGACUCAAAUUCCGAUCUAAGUUCCUUUGCCUCCGCCAAUGCUGAUCUUCUGACUUUGGCUCGACUCUCCGUAAAUCAGGCCUCUGCUGAAGCCAUAAAUAACGGCAGUGGCAACAAUUCCAUCAGUAGCAAUAAUAGUAGCAGUGUUCAGGAAACCCCACCGCCGCCUCCUUUACCACCACCCCCACCACCACAGCCGUCUCAACCGAGCCAGCCGGCAGCUUCUCCCACUUCACGAAAUCGCCGUCUCCUGCCACGUAAAACAACUUCUGCCACGACCACUGCUUCGGUCAGUGCUCCCAUUCUUCUCCGUAAGCGUGUUGCUCUCCCACCAUUGGCGGUAAAGCCUCCCAAAGAGUCCAUAAAUUCCACGCCGAAUUCCACGGCACUGCCAGCACCAGCAACCACUCAACAACCAAAUCCACCGACCUCUGCUCAUUCGGCUCUUGUCGGCGGUGUUGGUAGUGUGGACAGCGUGACGGCAUCUGAUGAAGCGCCGGUAAUGACCGCAGCUCUAAUUAACCCCUCCUGCUCCGCAUCAGCCACCACCACCCUCAUUCCCUCGAGUCUGGGCAGCAUGUUGGCGAAGUCGCGGUUGUUACAAGCCAGUUCCUCGCCAUCAACCUAUAUUAGUGUGCAGCCCCGACCUGCUCCGCUGUCUGUUGUGGCCUCUGCGAGUAACCAACAUCACCAAUCAUCGUAUCAACAGCAAUCACAGCAACAACAGUCGCAGCAACAUCUCAUCCAGCGGGUGGUGCCCACUAUUCGACCCGCCCCCCUUCAAAAGAUCCUUCCACGGCCCAAUACCACCACUAUCCCAGUUACCACUCCUACCUCCAUUUCCGCACCUGUCACUUCCACAACCAGCGCCACUGUUAGUGGCAAGGAAAUGCGGCCGCUGCUCUACUCAGUCUCAGCACCGUUGAUAGCCCAGGCACCAGUUACUGUGACUGCGAACGCCAUUGUUACGACACAAGCUGGCAGUGGGAGUGUGAUAGCCCCUGCACCUGUUCCCACUACUACCACUUCCACCAACACUCCAAUCAAGGCAUCAGCAACAGUCUCUUUCUCCCAGGUAAAUGGGAACGGUGCUGCGGUGACCACUACGCCUUCUAGCGCCGUCGUUGCAGCUUCCACCACGAACACCCCAAAUACCGCAGCAGCAAGCAACUCCGCAUCCUCAGAUGAGGGUCCCAGUGCCCUGGUCAUCUGCACCUCGCCUUCCGAGUUAAAGUAA